AUGAAUGCACACGAAUUCCGCAGGAGAGGGAAGGAGAUGGUGGAUUACGUGGCCGACUACUUGGAGGGCAUCGAGGGGCGCCAGGUGUACCCCGACGUGGAGCCUGGCUACCUGCGCCCCCUGCUCCCCACUGCCGCCCCCCAGGAGCCAGAAACAUUUGAGGACAUCAUUAAGGACGUCGAGAAGAUCAUCAUGCCAGGGGUGACCCACUGGCACAGCCCAUACUUCUUCGCCUACUUCCCCACGGCCAGCUCGUACCCGGCCAUGCUCGCGGACAUGCUGUGUGGGGCUAUCGGCUGCAUCGGCUUCUCCUGGGCCGCCAGCCCGGCGUGCACAGAGCUGGAAACAGUGAUGAUGGACUGGCUGGGGAAGAUGCUGCAGCUGCCUGGGGUGUUCUUGGCUGGAGAAGCUGGAGAAGGGGGCGGGGUGAUCCAGGGAAGUGCCAGUGAAGCCACCCUGGUGGCCCUGCUGGCCGCUCGGACCAAAGUGACACGAUGCCUGCAGGCUGCCUCCCCGGGGCUGACCCAGGCGACCAUCAUGGAGAAGCUGGUGGCCUACGCAUCUGACCAGGCACACUCCUCCGUGGAAAGGGCCGGCUUGAUUGGUGGAGUGAAAUUAAAAGCAAUCCCUUCCGAUGGCAAGUUUGCCAUGCGAGCUUCCGCCCUGCAGGAGGCCCUGGAGAGAGACAAGGCCGAGGGCCUGAUUCCAUUCUUCGUGGUGGCCACGCUGGGGACCACGUCCUGCUGCUCCUUUGACAACCUCUUAGAAGUGGGUCCCAUCUGUCACGAGGAGGACGUGUGGCUGCAUGUGGACGCUGCCUACGCGGGCAGCGCCUUCAUCUGCCCCGAGUUCCGGCAUCUUCUGAACGGAGUGGAGUAUGCAGAUUCAUUUAACUUUAAUCCCCACAAAUGGCUCUUGGUGAAUUUUGACUGCUCAGCCAUGUGGGUGAAAAAGAGAACUGACCUGACUGGAGCCUUUAAACUGGACCCCGUGUACCUAAAGCACAGCCACCAGGACUCAGGACUUAUCACUGACUACAGGCACUGGCAGCUGCCGCUGGGUCGGAGGUUCCGCUCUUUGAAGAUGUGGUUUGUUUUUAGGAUGUACGGAGUCAAGGGACUGCAGGCCUAUAUCCGCAAGCAUGUCCAGCUGUCCCACGAAUUCGAGGCCUUGGUGAGCCAGGACCCCCGCUUUGAAAUCUGUGCAGAAGUCACUCUGGGGCUGGUCUGUUUCCGGCUAAAGGGCUCCAACAAACUGAACGAAGCUCUUCUGGAAAGAAUAAACAGUGCCAAGAAAAUCCACUUGGUUCCCUGUCACCUGAGAGACCGGUUCGUGCUGCGUUUUGCUGUCUGCUCACGCACAGUGGAGUCGGCCCAUGUGCAGCUGGCCUGGGAGCACAUCCGAGGGCUGGCGACCGACCUGCUGGGAGCACAGAAGGAGGAAAAGGCGGGACAUGUCCUGAAACACCAGGUCCUCCUCCUGGCUCGGCAAAGCCCUUUCCUGAAGGUCGGAUGCUCGUAA